AUGGAUGAGCUUGAUUUAAACAUUUUCAGUCAAGACCAGCAACAAUCAGUGAAUGAACCCAGUUCAAGUACUUCCAGCCAAAAUCAGCAACGACCAAUGAACCAAGUCGACUUAAGCACUCCCGAUAAAUAUUGGAAAUUCAUAGUAGAUGAAAUCAGUCUAAGCACUCCAGAAGACUGGCAAGAAAUAAUCGAUGCAAUCAAUUCAGACACUUUUGAAGACUGGCAACAACCAAUGGAUCAAUCCAAUCCAAGUACUUCCAGCCAAAACCAACAACAAUCAACGGAUACAAUUGAUUCAAGCAUUAUCAACGAAUACUGGACAGACCUAUUUGAUGUAGCUGAUCCAAGCACUUUCAGCCAAGUUUCUGAUCCAAUUGAUCAAGUCGGUUCAAACACUUUUGAUCAAUACCAACAACCAGCCAAUGAACCUAGUUCAAGUAUUCCUGGCCAAACUCAGCAACAGCCGAUUGGUGAGCCCAAUCCAAGCACUUCCAAACGAGGUCGGAAACGGCCAAUCGAUGAAAUCAGUCCAAACACUUUUGAUCAAUACCAACAACCAGCUAAUGAACCUAGUCCAAGCACUCCAAAACAAAGUCGAAAACAACCGAUUGAUCGACCCAUUCCAACUACUUCCAGUCAAACCCAGCAACAACCAAUUGACCAAAACCAGUCUGCUAAUACUGUUUCAAAUCGAGUAAUUAUAUUAAACGAACAGGAUCAGAAAGUCCUUGAUGGUUUAAAGCAAAGGCUUAUAGAGUCUAAAGAACUACGAAAGAAAAAAUUUAAAGAAUACCAUGAUUAUCAAUUCCUUGGAUUGGAACAACAGCUGGCGUUAGUAAAGGGCAAAGAGAUAUCCGAACCAAGGCACACUCCAAGGGUUGAAAAGCAACUGAAAGAAGAGUAUGUAGCGGCAGGGAUAAAAGUAACCAGUACCAGACGAAAUUUGAAAAAUUUUAUGAAAAGGCGUGGUUUAGAAUUCGAAGAACCAAAUCCAGAUUGA